AUGAAAACUAGUACUGGAAUAUCAUUGUGUGUACUGACUAUAGUGUUUUUAUUUGGUUUUGAGUGCGUUUUUUGUGACUUAGAAGAAGAUUUUCGUGUGUUAAGUAAACAAGUGUCAAUACUAUUGGAUAAAAGGAAAGAAGAUGUGAAAAUUAUAGAAGAGCACAUGAAAAAAGCUAUUUUUGAAAUGCCAGAAAUUGUAGAAAUGAGAAAUCAAAUUAAAAAACUAAGAUCAACUUUCCAACAAAAUGCAGGUGGUUCGGAAAAAUUGGAGAAAAACGAUAUACUGACAAUAAAAUGGCUGUAUAACUCAGUUGAGCAGCUGAAGACGGAAGUAUCAGAAAUCCAAGAAUCGUUAAAUUCCUCCAAAAUAUUGGAAAAUCAUGAAAGAGCUGAAACCAAACUGACGUUACUUCGAAGCGAUAUGUCAAAUUUAAACGCAGAGCUAGAAACGGCAAGAAUUAGAAACGCAAAAUACGAAGCUGAACUACAGAUGCUUAAAGAAGAACUAGAUAUGUCGAGAGAAAAGUCCAGAAAUACUGCUGAGAUGUGUGGAAAACUUAAAAAUCAGUUGAAAACAGUGGAAACCGAGUGGAAUCAGAACUGGAAAAUUCUGAACGAAAAGUCCCCUUCUCUAGAGAGUGAAAUAUCUUCCCACCCAGCCAGACACCAAAGAAUAAUGAAACAACACAUAAUUCGACUAGAAAAAAGUACUAAAACUUUACACAAAGAAAAUUAUUCAUUGAAAUCGCAAAUCAUGCAAAUGGACGAAGAGCUAAAAUCUUUACAAAAAACAUUGAAAUGGAAAGAAAACGUCAAAUCGAUUCAAUCAGAUAAAGAAAAAAAUAUAAAAUAUAAAAUAUUAUCAGAAAAAAUAAAUAAUUUGACAGAAGCUCAAAUAUCCAACACAAAUUCUAUCACAAAUUUAACUCAACAACUGGCAAAUUUCGAUAAAUUACAUUUAUCAAUGUUGGAACUUCUGGAAAACGUCGAAACCAUCGAAAACAAAGUAGACAAAACCCUACCAGAAUUUAGAAAAGAAAUUUCCAAGUUGGAAGUUCAGAUAACAGAAAGUUCUUCUUCGAUAUCUCUAUAUAGAGAAGACCAAAAAAAUAUGAUCGACUCAAUGAAAGCCAUAGGAUUUUCUGUUUCAAACAUGCAAGAUAAGACCGCCGGUGACCACGAACAGCUCAAGAAAAUCGAAGAACUUGUCAACAAUUUAGUUAAAUCAAAUACCGUACAAACUUCUAAGCUACAUGAUUAUAUUCUCAAGGAAGAAUCAAGUUCAGCUAACGUUAACGCAACAAAGGCGACCAUUCACUUGGUCCAAGAAUUGAAAUCUUUCGAAAGUGAAUAUAAAAGCAUCGUCAAUAAACUUCCCAAAGAUUGCGGUAGUGUCGACGGUCCACCAGGUAUCUAUCUUAUUUCACCUGGAGAGUCCGAACCUAUUUUAGCACAUUGCGAAGACGGAUGGACGACUAUUCAAAAACGGUAUGACGGUUCGAUUGACUUCAAUAGAAACUGGAAUGAAUAUUCAAACGGUUUUGGAUCCGCAACAGGUGAACAUUGGUUAGGCAACAGGAAUCUUCAUUAUCUAACGAAGAUGAACUGUACUCAACUUCAGAUCAAUAUGAAGGAUAUCUAUAAUCAUUAUUGGCAAGCCAAUUAUAAAGAUUUUAGAGUAUCCGAUUAUUCGCAAGGUUUCAAACUGUACAUUGACCAAUACCAUGGUAACGCUAGUGACGCUUUGAAUUACCAAAACAACAUGGAAUUUUCAACUAUCGAUAACGACCGAGAUAUUUCUAAUACCCACUGCGCCAGUAAUUACGAGGGAGGUUGGUGGUUUUCUCAUUGCCAACAUGCUAAUUUAAACGGGAGAUACAACUUAGGAUUGACAUGGUUUGAUAGUGGUAGAAACGAAUGGAUAGCCGUUGCUACUAGUGAAAUGAAGAUAAAACGAAUGGACGUUUGUUAG